AUGCCUCCCAAAAACGAGCCCACGCCCAUCGUCGAGCCUAUCCAGGGCCAGGGAACGAAACCAUCGCCUGGCCAGCAGCCUAUCCACCCCUCUCCCGUCGUUGACGAAGGACCCUCCGACUCGACUAUCCCGCCGAACCAGCGCUCUUCCGACACUCAACGACCAGGCACGCAAGACGCCUUGCGAGGACAGGGAAACUCGGCUACCAACACCAACUUCUCGAGGGAGGACUAUGCGCCCGCUCUGAGCGAGCAGCAGAAGCAGGAUAGCGAGUACAAGAAGGCUGAGAUGCAGCAUCGGCUGGGAAGACCGGGCGGGAAGGACGACUUCAGGCAGACGGGGGCGAAGAGCGGGCAGGGAGAACCGACGCCGGGAAAGCCUCACGCCGAUCCGAACACGAAGGGCAGUCUGAUCGAGGCAGGGACAACGAUGGCAGGCGCAGGAGGAGCCGAUUCGGGCAUUGAGAAGCAGGCGCACGGAGCGGACGUCAGGAAGGGCGUAAAACCGAAGCCGAAGCUGUAG